CUUUGUUCUUGACAAUUGUUGCAUAGGGCAAGCGAAAUGCUUCAAACCUUGAAGGAUAAGAGGAAAUCAAUUUCAACGAGACUCAAAAUGUCUUUUAUUGUGUUUGUGAUAGCUCUCUUUAUAGUUAUCAUGGUCACUUUAAUGUACCAAAACUCUAGUUUUGGGCAAUUUGAAAUCUUUUCAAAAGACAUUGUAAUGAAGGGUAUGUCUCAGAAGAAUGUUACAGCCGGAGGGCCAAAUGCUACAAUUAAUGAGUCUGGAUUGAGACAAAAUGUCUCACAAGAAAAAGUUGCAGCAAAAGAUGAGAUCGAUACCAAAUUCAAAAGUAACAAAGAGAGAUUGCUUGAUGGACUUUUAGUUUCUGGAUUUGAUAAAGCAUCAUGCAUAAGCAGAUCACAAUCUCAUUUCUACCACAAACCUUCUCCGCACAAACCUUCUCCAUAUUUGAUAUCCAAACUUAGAAAAUACGAAGAAAUUCAUAGAAAAUGUGGACCAAACACUAGAGCUUACAAAAAAGACAUGGAAAUUAUUGCAAACUCUAAGGACAAUAACGGUUCAUCUUGUGCUUUAACAACUUGCAAGUACAUUAUUUGGGUACCUGCAAAUGGUUUAGGUAACCAAAUAAUUAGCAUGGCUUCCUCAUUUCUCUACGCGCUCCUAACAAACCGGGUUAUGCUCGUAAAAUUUGAACAAGAUAAAGAGGGUUUAUUUUGCGAACCGUUUCUGAACUCAACUUGGUUGUUAUCGAAGAAUUCGCCUUUCUGGAAUGCAGAAAAUGUCGAAUCAUAUCAAAGAUUUAUAGACAUGGAACUCUCCAAUACACUCAAUGAAGAUUUGCCAUUAGCUAUGCAUGUGGACUUGAGAUAUAGUCCAUCAAAUGAUGAGAGGUUUUUUCACUGUGAUCACAGUCAAUUUCUCCUCACAAAAAUUCCUCUACUGUUUUUGGAAGCAGGUCAGUAUUUUGUACCUUCUUUUUUCAUGACACCAGUUUUUCAAAAAGAGUUGAACCAAAUGUUUCCAGAAAUCACUUCGAUUUUCCAUCAUUUGGUACGCUACUUAUUUCAACCUUCAAACAAAGCGUGGAAACUAAUCACUAGUUUCUAUCAACAACACCUUGCUAAAGCGAAUCAAAUCAUUGGACUUCAAAUAAGAGUACUGAAUACCGAAUCAACCCCGCACGAACUUUUCAUGGAUCGAAUUCUAAACUGCACAUUACAGAAUAAAUUACUUCCAAAACUGCUCGAUAAUACAAAGAAUACUUCAUUGUCUUCUAAUGGAAGAAACCCGAUUAUAAAAGCUAUUCUCGUGGCGUCGUUAUAUCCACAAUACAGUGAGAGUUUGAAUGAGAUGUAUAUGAAUAAAUCAACGGUUACCGGAGAGGUAAUCGAGGUUCAUCAACCAAGUAGUGAAGAGGAACAGAUAUUUGAUGAUUAUAAGCAUAAUUUGAAGGCAUGGGUUGACAUGUAUUUACUAAGUUUAUCGGAUGAAUUGGUGACUACAUAUCAAUCUACUUUUGGCUAUGUUGCCAAGGGAUUGGGAAAUUCAAAACCAUGGAUUCUUUAUAAUCCUGCUAAUAGUAAUGAGGUUUGUGAACGUGAGUUUACAUUGGAGCCAUGUUAUCAUUAUCCUCCUUUACGUUAUUGUGAUAGUGAAGACGUUAUUGAAGAUGUUUCAUCUACUUUUCCUAAUAUUAGACAUUGUAAGGAUUAUACUUUUGGGUUGAAGCUAGUCAAUAGUUCUCUUUAGUUGUA